AAAGUGCCCUGUUUUAAGAAAACUGCUCAAAGGAAACACAUUCUUUGUAUUGACGUCCAGUAGAGAAUAACCGCUUGCAGGUAUGUCUUUCUAAUAUGUUCUAUGCCUUAUAUCUAGGUUUCCACAUGCCCUCAUUCCUGGCUUCAGUUAGGAAUUCUGCAGCCUUCCUCCCCGAGGCUACCUAGAAUACAGUUGAAUGCGCUCUUACUAUUCAAUGCAAGUUUAGAAAAUCAGUAGAGUACAUGCGAUCCAACCGAAAUUUUGGGAAAUGGCCAACCUGACGCAGCCAACACUGCGUGUGUAACAACGGAAGUAUGUUUACAUCGGCUGAAGAUCAGGUGAAGCUCCUUUGGCGAAGAUCGUCGAAAACCACUUGCAUAGGAGAGUUUGCUGGACUAAUUGAUAUUUUCAAUGGGUCCAAAUUUUUUUUGUCACUCAAUUGCCAGUGGGAGCAAGAACACAGGUAGCGAAAUUUUGUCAUAAUUAACGUCUGAAAAUAUCCUUUCUCGGAAAUAACGCAACCACUUUGCGGUGGGAACGUCGUAAAGCUGCUUCGAUCGACUUAUUGUCGAACUAAAAUUUAGGAAUUCCUAGAAUAGGCUUCGCUAUCUCCGCUGCAUAAACUAAGAUGCCUAUAAUGUCACGGGCUAUAUUUCCAGUGCAGUGUUCUAAGGAAGAUUUUGCUUUUACCCAUUGUUUGCGAAUUUGAAGUAAUCCGUCUCGUUCAACAAGCGUGAUAAUGCGCCAUCCAUCGAGAGAGCAAGUUGGUUUUUUUUAGGAAAAUCGAGUUCUGAUAAGCUUAAAUCAAGUUUACGAUUUAUACAAAGGCGGGCUUGAGUGAGCUUUAUCGAAAUCUGUCGAGAAAUUGACGAUAAUUAUUCUGGCAUUUUGACUAAUCUAUUGAACUGAAGCAAAAUUUUGUUUAACCCCGGACAAAGUCCAUUGCAGCUUUGCCAGAGGCUUUUGAGAUCUUUAGCGAGACAUUGUUAGGUUAUAAUAAAGAUAUAAUCGUAAAUGUUCGAUAUUUUUCUUCCGUAUUGUUUUAGUAGCAUUAUAGUAAAUAGGCUGAGCAAGAUUUCCUUUGAUACUAUAGACUCACGGUAAAUUCAGGAACCAACAAAUUCACUCCGAAAGAGACGCUAAGGUCACUCUACUCAUUCAACUGAACAUUCGAAGAGAAAUUCCAUAUCUACGCGCGCUCAUGUAAUGUUCCAUAUUUAACUCGCGAUCGAUACCAUUUAAGUCGGCAAAGUUAAACAUUAAAACUUUUCGAGGAGUUUUUCAUAGGAAGAAUAUAUAUAUAUUUGUGGGAAAUAGUAGCAAAUGCUGUUGAGAAAAUCUGUCUGACGAGUGCGUAAGCACGAAACUCAGAGUAACAGGGAAUCAUGCGUGUUUCAUUUUAGUCAUUUUGAACUGUAUAUAUAUAUAUGUGAGAAGUUUGUCUUUUGAUUAUUUCGUUGUACGGUGCUUGAUACGUAGAAGUAGAAUGCAAUAUAUAUUGAGGUAGGGAAAAAAACAAAGAGACUAUACUUUCAUCCCUACAAGCCUGAGAAAUACAUACACAUUGUAUACAUAUUUCAUGUAAAUAUUCAAAUUGCAACGUUUUGGAAAAAGGGGUGUAUAUAUAUAUAUCUAUCACAUAAACUGCGGUGUUAUACAGAGAUUUCCGGCUUUGAGAAAAGUCGUAAUGACGCACGUAAAAAAAUAUCGUAUUUUUUCACACGUGUUGACAUAGCGAAUCAGCUACUAACACGUAACUCGCCUUUGGCGCCACUCGGUCAGUUUGAUGAGUGAACGGCAAAGCCUUCACGAUUCUCAAUACAAAUUGUUUGUCGGAGCUUUCUCGAAUUAUGGCGGCUAAAACAUUAAAAAAUCCGUAUCGCUGGCAGACAAUGAGGUUCAAACUUUCCUGGAAAGGGAAGAAAACCAAUAUACUAAAAGAAAAAACCGAAAGUUGCGUAGUCAUUGGCUUUGGUUUUAGCAUUUCUCUCGUCUGAAAAAUCGACAACUUGAAGAUUUGCCGCCAGCCAAUUUUGGCCGUUUACCUGAAAGACUUCUUCUGUCGGUAAGGACAAAGUCAAUAAAUAAGAAUUUUGUAAAUUGAAAAUUACGACCAUUGUUGUUUUUGUAAUCAUGAUUCAACGCAUUUUUCCAUCUUAACAGUCAGCGCCAACGCACUCUACGAUUGUUCUUCGAGGAUCGUCGAAUCCUUUAUUUUCAUUCAUUAAUGAAGUCGGCUUUUCUUCCCAGUUAAGGGCUAUUGUGUUUAUAUGAUAAACAAAAUAAUACAUGGUUGCUUGUAGAUAUGGAACUUCUCUUCUCGUGUUUAACUCGAUAGCUCACUCGUGAGCUAUCGAGUUAAACACGAGAAGAGAAAUUCCAUAUCUACGCGCGCCCAUGUAUUAUUCUCUCUAUAUAUAGCACUAUUAACUUUUGCAGCUGAUUCAAUAGUUAUCAAUUUCUUCAAGGUUUUCCCACAUUUGUCAACUUUUUUAUCAUAUUCAUUCCCGAUUUUAGAACUAGUAUUUAUAAUAUGGCAGAAGAAGCCCUACGAUCAACAAGUCCUAAAGCAAAUUUCCAUCGCCUGGCACGAUUACUGAUGCGUGGCGGUGUGAAUCUGUUGCGUGAGACAUUUGACUCCAUUCACUCGCCAGCUGACCUCCCUUUGAGACUCGCUCAUCCUGCCAUGCAGGCACAGCUUGGAGGAGCACGACUUACCCAGCCAGAGAUGGUUUGUGUGAACCCAUCCCCAGGGGUGUAUGGCGAGUCCAACGAUUUUGACAUCACAUUAAUCUUCAAGUUAUUCAGAACAGUUUGCGGCCUGACCCCUCCCCCUAAAGGAUGGGAUCAUUUGCCAGACGGCUCAGACCACACUCUGUUGGCAGAUUUGAACUGAAGCAAAAUUUUGUUUAACCCCGGACAAAGUCCAUUGCAGCCUUACCAGAGGCUUUUGAGAUCUUUAGCGACACAGUGUUAGGUUAUAAUAAAGAUAUAAUCGUGAAUGUUCGAUAUUUUUCUUCCGUAUUGUUUUAGUAGCAUUAUAGUAAAUAGGCUGAGCAAGAUUUCCUUUGAUACUAUAGACUCACGGUAAAUUCAGGAACCAACAAAUUCACUCCGAAAGAGACGCUAAGGUCACACUACUCAUUCAAGCUAUCGAGCUGAACAUUCGAAGAGAAAUUCCAUAUCUACGCGCGCUCAUGUAAUGUUCCAUAUUUAACUCGCGAUCGAUGCCAUUUAAGUCGGCAAAGUUAAACAUUAAAACUUUUCGAGGAGUUCUUCAGAGGGAGAGAAGACCAGUGUUAAAAACAGUCUGGGCCUGGAAGCCUAUACAAAGCACCAGCCGAAUAUUUGUACAAAAUAUUAGAACAGUCUCUAAUGUUAACCAGACUCGACUGAAUGUAAGCACUUUUGUGGCUUUUUUUUUCUAUUUUGAAAUAAGUACCUGUCCAUUCAUUGAUUUCUUAAUCUAUUUGCUUUGUUGUGGAAGUCAGAUAAGUGCACCAUUCAAUAAUAUAUAUAUAUAUAUAUAUUCUGAUUUCACGAUUUCAAGAGAGUAUCAAUGUUCAUUAAUUAAUGCUUUCUUUCGAAGGUUGACGUUUGCUUUCAAUUAUACAUUUUCAUUCAACCUUAUACCUGGUUAAUUUUGAAAACAAAAAUAUUUAUACUCAACUCCGAUCUUCAUUAUCUAAUUCAGCGAAAAUAUGUGUUCAAAUUUAACCUUAUUCAGUCUGAUUUUAAUAAAUUUCGGAUAUAACGUGCGCUGUCAUUGGUUGAAAGAGUAUCUUCCGUCAGAGUACAAAGCAUGGAGCGGAACUAUACGUUGUCACUCCAUCUGCCAAUUUGUACAAUGUCUGACCAUUUCUCGGACUUCUCUUUAGCUUUUUUUCGUUAAUUGAAAAGUCAAAUUAUUGAACAAGCGGGCCGAAAAGUUGCAACAGAAGAACUUAACAAAGGUUUGAAAACAUGCCAAGUGCCGUAUUUGAUAAAAUUGUAACGUGAGCAAAGACGAAUAUCACCAAAGAAUAUCACCCAUUUUACCUGGCCUGAUGAAACAUUCUUACUUUUCGUUAACCCAAUAUGGUCGUGCUUUGCCAGCGUUCACCCAAAAAUACAAGAGCAAAACCUGGCAGCUAGAGAAUGGUGUCAGAGCAGUAUAGUUUUAGUUUAUUAUAUGUUAUACAAUUUUAUCAGUAAGCUGUUGAAAGCGUUGAUUUUGGUUGUAAUCUGGUAAUAAAUAGACAAGGCGAUUAACUAAAUGCAUUUAAAUCUAAUGAAGCUGUCUAGUUCAUAGUAAAACAAAAUCUUUGCGCAAUUGCAUCUGGAAUACGGUAAAAGGGCGACAACUUAACUAAUUGAUUGAUUUAUUUGUCUGACAGAGGUAAUUUUGUCUGACAAACUCGGAGGAGAGGAAGAAAUCGAAAAGGAAAUAAAAAAUAAGGCUCGCAGAGAGAGGACGGGCAUAGAACUUGUUAUGCGGAAAGGCGCAAUUUAGUUGUUCAAAAACAAGGUCUUUUUCCGUUUCAUGGUUCCAGGCAGUUUCUGUCGAGCGGGCAUGCGUUCUUUUGUCGGCAGUUGCAUGUCUUGUUAUUAAUGGUAGCGGCGGCGGCGGUGUCAUCAGUCUGUAUAUAUGCGGUUAGGAUGCGUUUGUUAUGGUUGUAAAUUAUUUGUUUCGUGUUGUUCAUGCAGCUGUAACUGAUCUUGAUGGUGUUUCGGUGUAAGAUUUUUCUGAGCUUGUGAUCUUUGGAUAGUACUUGUCUAAUAGGGCGAAGAAUUUGUGUCCGAUGUUGGUGCUGGUGUUCUUGCUAAAAGGAGGGUUGUACCAGAGGAUGUUACUGCGUUGUCGGUUUUUCCGUUUGCUUGUUUCGGCUGGCUCGUACCAUAGUGUGUACUGGUAUCCGCUUUCGUCGAGUGCUUUCUGCUAUGGAGGGGCGGCUUGGUCAAAGGAUGCUUUGUCAGAUGAUAGGGACGACAGUCGUUUGUUGAUGCCGGCGGGAAUGUUCUUUACGGUGAUUGGCGGGUGGUUGCUCUCGCGGUGAACGUAUUGUAGUGGAGUAUUUACCAAGCCACCGUUACACGCAAAGAAAACAACACAACUGAAACGUACAUCGGACUCACAAAGAAUGACUCCAAAACAAGAUACAGAAACCACACCGUAUCAUUCAGCCACGCCAAACAUAGAAACUCCACCGAACGCAGCAAGCACAUCUGGACCCUUAAAGACAACAACAUCGAGCACUUUAUUUUCUGGCGCAUUCUCUCAUCACACUCGCCGUACAACAGCUCAAGUAAAAGAUGUAAUCUCUGCCUCAAAGAAAAAAUCCUAAUCAUCUGCCGACCCGAACUAUUAACACUAAACAAACGUAAUGAACUCGUGUCUUCCUGCCGCCACAGAUACAAAGCCCUCCUACGCAACAACUAAACUGUUAAAUUCCGCACUGCAUAAAUUAGAUUAUAUUGUAUAUAAGCGAUGGUAAAGAUUAUUCUUAUUAAAUCCCCUGAUGAGUGGGCAACCACGAAACAGGUCUGUAGGGAUGACCUUGUAGUUUAUUUGUCUUUUUCCUCCCACGAUAUAUACAAUACAUCGCUCUACUCCUACGUAUUGAGCAAUGUUUUACGAAAGUCAAAAUUUUACACUUUAUAUAUAUAUAUAUAUAUAUAUACAAUAGCACCAUUAACUCUUGCAGCUGAUUUCAUGGUUAUCAAUUUCUUUAAGGUUUUUCCGCAUUUGUUAACUUGCUUGUCAUAUUCAUUUCCGAUUUUAGGACCAGUAUUUAUGACAUGGCAGAAGAAGCCCUACGAUCAACAACUCUUAAAGCAAAUUUUCAUCGCCUGACACGAUUACUGAUGCAUGGCGGUGUGAAUCUUUUCCGGGAGACAUUUGACUCCAUUCACUCACCAGCUGAUCUCCCUUUGAGACUCGCUGAUUCUACCGUACAGGCACAGCUGAAACGAGCACGACUUACGCAGCCAGAGAAGGUUCGUCUGUACCCAUCCACUGGGGUGUAUGGCAAGUCCAACAAUUUUGACAUCACAUUAAUCUUCAAGUUAUUCAGGACAAUUUGCAGCCUGACCCCUCCCCCUAAAGGAUGGGAUCAUUUGCCAGACGGCUCAGACCACACUCUGGUGGCAGAUUUAGUGCGAAUAAAACAUUAUCGAAAUGACAUCUAUAGUCACCGCUCCACUAUGGAAAUAUCUGACAUCGAUUUUAUUAGUCUCUGGAAGAAAAUUAGUGAAGCUCUGUUAAGAAUUGCGACAAAUAUUAGUCCUGCAAAGAGAGAGGAGUGGAAGAAGUCCAUUGAUGAUCUUCUUCGUAAUCCUUUGACGCCAGAUGAGGAAAGAUGCAUUGAAGAGCUAGAGAGCUGGUAUAAGCAAGAUAUGGAUGUCAAAGAUGAAUUGGUGAAUGUUAAAGAUGAAUUGGUGGAUGUCAAAGAUGAAUUGAUGGAUGUUAAAGAUGAAUUGGUAAAGCUUAGAAAGGAAGUGAGGUCUCAACGACCCGUGACCGCAGGUCAGUCAAAAAGAGUAAAUUUAAAUCCACAUCAAAAAAAAAAGGAAACCUUAUCCUCAGUUCCCUUUACUGUUAAUCCAAUGUUGACAUUUUUCCCGAAGAUCCUCAUUUAAUUACCUUGACCUUGCAAAUUUGCUUUAAAAAUAAAUUUAAAAAACACAAAUAGUACUCUUUUUUGAGUUCAAAUGCAGGUUUAUAUUUUGUUGUUUUUCUAUCAGACAUACAGAUGAACGUGGCUGGAUAUCAUCAAGCCGCUGGAUCCGAACCGACGUUCCUUGUACCAAAUCUAUUAUUACCUGAGCCGGGACAAGCAACGGGAGCUGAUGACCCUGAACCAGAUAAUCCACCAGACAUAACUGUUUGGAACGUAAUUUUAUCAUUUAGAGAAUCAGUUGAUUUAUUCUUACGAUACUUAUGGUAUAAUCUUCGUCUUCGAGUGCGUAACAACGUGGUAGGGAGCUGGCAUAUAACAGUUGAAUGCAGUUCAUUGCAAGUCCUUGAAGGAGUGUGGGAAGAUUAUCGCAGUGGUCAUCUUAAUUCAGUUGCCCAGGAAAUGCUGAUAACACCACAGGUUUUGGCGAAACUUGGUCUUACUGAGCUGAAGCUGAAGACCUUUAUUUCCGAGGAUCAGUAUCAGAAAGGGAAAAAGCUGUUAGAGGCGAGCUCAGGUGAUUAUUGCGAGCUUGCCAACAUUGAAGUCAAAGCGUUUUAAUAGUUAUUAUUGAUUCGUCACCGAAAAGGAAUUAUGGACGGUGAUUUGCAAAUAAUUAAGCUCAGUUAUGUAUUUUUCACUAUCUAGAGCAAGCUAAGGGUCUUAAUGGUCUUUGAUCAGAUGCAGCAAUUAACGAGUAUAGUGAACUUAAGAAAGUAAACGGAGGUGAAGAAUUAGACCCGAAAAUUGAAUCAACAAAAAAAUAGUUCUUACUACUUUUCUAUUUGAUUUGUUUUCCCGUUUUCUUAAUUUUAAUUAUCAAAAGGAGCGGAAGACAUGAGCGAAAUUCAAAUCGCCUUUCAAGCUACAAUCACAAAGGCUAUUUCCGAGGGAUCUAUCGAGUCAGGUAACGUAACGAUAUUUAACAUGGUGCCUUGUAUCCAGCCACCUCAAAGAUGGUUAAAUUUUUACGAGGAAGUUAGUUUGUGAUUUGUAUAGCACCGAUGCUCAGGCCUCAACAGAGAGAGCAGCUAGAAUCCUUCAUUGUUCAGGUACUCUCCGCAUUAUGUUAUGCCCUCGCAUCAUCUUCAAUAGACAUAGCUCUGCAAAAAUGAGAGCCAUGGUUUGCUGAGGAGAAUUCCGAUCCCGCAGAAAUCGUUGUCAACGCUUUGGAUCGAAGACGCUCCUCUCCGGGAAUGAGAAACAAAAGGCCGUCUGGUUGUCUGCCUCGUAUGCGAGCUAAUUUUGCGUCGCACUACUUAACAGUUGUGGCCAAGAAAGCUGUUGCAUACACAAAAAGAUGACUUUCUAGAAUUGAAUCGGGUGACAAUUUUUCACAAUACAGUCAACUCUCUCGAAAGCAGACAACCUUAGGUAUUGGAAAAGUGUCCGUUAGUAGAAAUGACCGCUUACGAGAAUUAUUCCCACAAGGAGACACCAAAGAAAAGCUAAAGAAAAAUAAAGUAGAUGUCUGCUAAUGGGAGAGUGUUAUAUCGGACUCUUGUUUAUGUCAAACGAACGGACAGCUUGCUUUCCUAAAAAACAGAUGGAGAUUUGACAAAACUGAUCCCCACUGCUCUGUUGCUCUGUCAUAUUUUUGUUGAUUUGGUAAAAAUUUCGAUCGUUUUGAAGGGUGACCGCUUAAUGUGGUGCCGCUUAAUACAGGUUCGACCGUAAUUUUGUAUUUCAUUUCGAAUUCCCUAUUUCCUGAAGGAAUAACCAGAAAAAAAUUUAUAUAGAAUGUUCUAUACUAAAUAUCGACUCCACUAAAAAAAGUUUUUUCUCUUUGUUUCUUCAGAGAGGAUUUCAAAACUCGAACAGGAGAACAUUAAAUUAAGGAGCUUGGUAGAGGCUAAUCAAGAGUCCAGGCAAGAAGCGCAGCCGAUAGUAAUUCUGAGCAAAGUAAGUCAAGCAAAGUGCCCUUUUUCAAGCAAACUACUCACAUAAACACAUUCUUUGUAUUGACGUCAAGCAGAGAAUAAGUGUUCGCAGGUAGGUCUGUCUAAUCAGUAGAGCCCAUGCGAUCCAACUAAAAUUCUGGGAAAUAGCUAACCUGAAACAGCGAACACUGCGUGUGUAACAACGGAAGUAUGUUUACGUCGGCUGAAGAUCAAGUGAAGCGCCUAAGGUAAAGAUUGUUUAAAACUAAUUGCAUAGGAGAGUUUGCUGGACUAACUGCAUAUUGUCAAUAAGUCAAAAUUUUUUGUCACUCAACUGUUAGAGGGAGCAAGAGAAAAGGUAGCGAAAUUUUGUCAUAAUUAACGUCUGAAAAUAUUAUUUCUCGGAAAUAACGCAACCACUUUGUAGUCGGAAUGCUGUGGAGCUGCCUCGAUCGAUUUAUUGUCGGAAUAAAAUUUGGAAAUUCCUAGAAAAGGUGUUGCUAUUUCUGCUGCAUAAGCUGAGAUGCUUAUAAUGUCACGGGCUAUAUUUCUAGUGCAAUGUUCAAAGGAAGAUUUUGCUUUCACCCAUUGCUUGCAAAUUUGAAGUAACCUAGGCAGGUUUGUGUGUACUGCUAUCUAGCAGGCGGUUCAACAAGUGUGCCAUUGUCACGUGAUAAUGAAUGAUCCACCAAGAGAGCAAGUUCUUUUUCUAGGAAAGUCGAUAUUUUUCUUCUGUAUCGUUUUAAUAUCAGCGUCGUAAAUGGGCGGAGUUUUGUAAGAAAACGGCAUGUAUUCUCAGUGCAGUUAGAUAAAGCUUAGACAUAAAGCAUAAAGGAAAAAAAUAUUGAAAUUUGAUCUCUCAGAGAAAAAAUAUGGAAGUUACAUAAAUUUUCAUAUCAUAUGAGUAUCUAGGGAAACAAAGACAAGCAAUGACAAAAGAAAAAAUGAUGAAAAAACAAGGUUCAGAAGUCUCUUCAGUCACAGCAACAACAAUUAAACUACCUCUGUGUGAUAAAUAUUUUUAAAACCCGAGCUUAUGCAAGAGAAAAUGUUCCAUUUUUUCCUGUUGGCUCGUGAGAAAGUGAACAAGGUUUGCAGAGUUUUCCCGUUCCUGAGACAGCCAGGAACUAGUUAUUGACCAAGGGAAAGCUUUAAAAAAUUGAAAUUUUUGGGAUGGGACAAUGUCUGAUAUAUUUUUACAAGGCUGUCGGCCAGUUGCGAUUGAAAGGUUGAUCGUCUUCUGCCAACAUGGAAUGGUAUUUUGAACGUCUAGUCUUCUAUUUUGCUACUAUUUAUUCAACAUUUUGUCAGUUUAAUAACAUAGACCUAAUCAAAAAUGUUAGUGACAUAAAACUAGGUAAGAAGAAAGUAUACUAUGACAGUCAUCGAGUUUUGGUUUAAGUAACGUUAGUUCGACUGUAGAGUGAGAUAUUUUUCUGAGUGCUGAAAAUGGGAUGAUAUUGAGUAAAAUCUUACUGAGAGUUCUAAUGUUAUUCUUAUUCUCAGUGA